AAGACUAUCUCACAACAGGUAAGAGUGAUCAGACUGGCAAUGCAUCACUGAAUGACAUGAUUGAAGACAAGAGAAAGAGCAGGCUACAACACAAGGUGUGAACUUCACAUUGUUUCCCUAAAACAAGUGUACAGCUGAAGAGAUCAAGAUGGUCCCAAACUAUUCUACCGAAGAAACCAUUAAAAGAAUCCACGUUGACUGUCCCAUUUCAGGAAGGCACAGUUACAUCUAUGUUAUGGUUCCAACUGUUUACAGUAUCAUCUUCAUCAUAGGCAUAUUUGGGAACAGCCUAGUUGUUAUCGUCAUUUACUGCUACAUGAAACUGAAAACAGUGGCCAGCAUCUUUCUGCUAAACUUGGCACUUGCCGACUUAUGUUUUUUAAUAACUCUGCCACUCUGGGCAGCAUACACAGCCAUGGAGUACCAGUGGCCAUUUGGCAAUUGUUUAUGCAAGCUAGCAUCUGCAGGGAUAAGUUUCAAUUUGUACGCCAGUGUGUUCCUACUCACAUGCCUUAGUAUUGACCGCUACCUGGCCAUAGUACAUCCAGUGAAGUCGCGAAUCCGGCGAACCAUGUUUGUUGCCAGAGUAACUUGCAUCGCCAUCUGGCUUCUUGCUGGUGUGGCCAGUUUGCCUGUCAUCAUUCACCGUAAUAUAUUCUUUGCCGAAAACUUAAACAUGACAGUCUGUGGUUUUCGGUAUGACAACAAUAAUACAACACUUCGGGUUGGGCUAGGCUUAUCCAAAAAUUUGCUGGGAUUUUUAGUUCCUUUUCUAAUCAUAUUAACAAGCUACACCUUAAUUUGGAAGACCCUAAAGAAGGCAUAUCAGAUUCAAAGAAAUAAGACCAGAAAUGAUGAUAUCUUUAAGAUGAUUGUGGCAAUAGUCUUUUUCUUUUUCUUUUCCUGGAUUCCUCAUCAAGUAUUCACAUUUCUUGAUGUAUUAAUUCAAUUACAUGUAAUAACAGACUGCAAAAUCACUGAUAUUGUGGAUACGGCUAUGCCCUUCACUAUUUGCAUUGCUUACUUUAACAACUGUUUGAAUCCCUUUUUUUAUGUUUUCUUUGGAAAAAAUUUUAAAAAAUACUUUCUUCAGCUAAUAAAAUACAUUCCACCAAAUGUCAGCACGCAUGCCAGUCUAACAACAAAGAUGAGCUCCCUCUCCUAUAGACCACCAGAAAAUAUCCACUUGUCCACUAAAAAGACUGCUGGGUCUCUCGAAACUGAGUGAUGCGUUUUACAAUAUACUUUUUUGAACAACCUUGUGAACAAAGCAGCAAGAAUGACAAAAUUCAUCUGCAAUCACAGACAUCACAGCUUACUGCUCAUUACUGAAACAUUAAAUCACCUCAGAGAAAUCACACUGAAAAGAUUUAGUGGUGGCCUUCUAUUUUACAGUAUGCGGAGGACUGCCUGAUUUUCAUUUUGUUUUUCUUUGUUGAAAGCAAUGUAUAUGAUAGACAGGCACACCAGAGUUUGUCUGCAUCCUGCCAUUCACUUGGAACUACAAAACAAGGCUAGAUAAAACUCCUAAAAAGAUCUCUGAACUUAAAGGAAAAGUUUUUGUAAGUUACAUGAAUUAUGAAGGACCUCUUUUACACAUGAGCUAUUCCAAGUUUGGUUCCAGGAGUUGAGCACUAAAAGGCUUGGUUUCAUUUC